AUUGCUCCGUCUAUAAAAGGACCGAGCAUAAACCCUUUCACAUUUUUUUCGCUGCCGCCGGUCUCUUCUCUCAUCAAGAUCUCCCAACGACGGUCCGAUUCAUGCGAUCUCCGCCGUCUGAUCGCCAUAUCUAGGUCUCGAUUGCCUUGCCUGAGAAAAACCCUAGGCUGUUGCUGUUCCUCACUCUGCGAAGAUGGGAGACUUCAACGAUGCCUUCAUGCGCAACAGCGCCAGCAACAACGCCGCCGCCGUGCAGGCCCGCACCAAGGCGCAAAACCGCGCGAAUGUCAUGCAACUGAAGCUGAUUGGGCAAAGUCAUCCCACUGGUUUAACAAACAAUCUUUUGAAGCUUUUUGAGCCCCGACCUCCUCUGGAAUUUAAACCACCUCCUGAAAAGAGAAAAUGCCCACAGUAUACAGGAAUGGCGCAUUUUGUGACUAAUUUUGCUGAGAAAGGUGAUCCUGAAUAUGAACCACCUGUCCAGAAGGGUGAAACUCCUGCACAAAGAAGGGCUAGAAUCCACACAUUACGGCUGGAGGAGGGUGCAAAAAAGGCUGCAGAAGAGCUUGAGAAAUAUGAUCCAACUAAUGACCCAAAUAUUUCUGGAGACCCAUACAAGACACUCUUUGUUGCUAGGCUUAAUUAUGAAACAUCGGAGAGCAAAAUCAAAAGGGAGUUUGAGGCUUAUGGGCCCAUCAAGCGGGUUCGACUGGUUACAGAUAAAGAGACAAAUAAACCUAGAGGCUAUGCGUUCAUUGAGUAUAUUCAUACGCGGGAUAUGAAAGCUGCAUAUAAACAAGCCGAUGGGAAGAAGCUUGAUAACAGAAGGGUGCUUGUGGAUGUUGAACGUGGUAGAACUGUUCCAAACUGGCGGCCUCGUAGACUUGGUGGUGGACUUGGUACAACUAGGGUUGGAGGGGAAGAUGUCAAUCAAAAGCAUUCUGGGAGAGAGCUGCAGCCAUCUGGAGGACCACCAUCACGGUCUGAGGAGCCAAGAGUACGAGAUGAUCGGCAUGUUGACCGGGAAAGGGAAAAAUCCCGUGAAAGAGGAAGAGACAGAGAGAGAGAACAGGAGAGGUCUCGUGAGCGAUCUCAUGACAGACCAAGGGAACGUGAUCAUAGGGAGGAUAGACAUCACAGAGAUCGCGAAAGGACCAGAGACAGGGAUAGGGAAAAAGAUAAGGGACGUGACCGUGAGCGAGGGCGUGACCGUGAUCGGGGCCGAGAUCGUGGUAGAGACUAUGAGCGUGACCGAGACAAGGAUCGUGACCGCCCUCGAGAGAGGGAUAGGGAAAGGGAUAGGGAUUAUGACGUUGGGGAUACUGAACAUGAUCAUGACCGUGAUAGAGAGUAUGACUAUGACCACGUGGGAUCAAAACAUGAGCGAGGCCGACAUGGGGAAAGGGAACGGGACUUUGAUCAUGUUGACCCAGAGGAUGAUCCUGAAUUGCUUGAACAGCGUGAUCGUGGGAAUAGACGUUCAGAAGCUGAACAUGACCGUGGACACUACGAUUAUUAUGAACAACAUCAAGUUCGGGGGCAAUAUGAUAAUCUAGAUGUCCAGGGUGAUCAUGACCGUUAUGAUCAUCCUGAUCAUGAUCGUGAUCGAUAUAAUCAAAUGGAAGAUGACAGGGAAACCUCCGUGCCACGUGAAAAGGAGAGAGCUCGAGAUUUGGACCGUGACUAUGUGCGCUCGGACAGGUCACUUUCUCGCGAGUAUGAAUACUAGGCUCUUCGAUUUUUCCUCUGUUGCUUAUGCCUUCACCAGUAAGGUCACAAAAAAAUUGUUUGUGCUUGUUCCUUUCUUUGGUGAUAAAAAGAACUUACUGAGAUUUGAAAAUUCUGCCUUACUUUUGGUUCCUUUUUUUUUCUUUAUUAUUUCUCCCUUCUAAACCUAUAUUGCGUGGUUAAAAUACUCUGAUGGGGAUGUGUAAGAAUUUUUGCCUGUGUUUUAGUGUUUCUGUUAUGAUUGAAAUGUAAGCAAAUGAAUAUUGAUGCUGUUAUUCUGUAAUUUCACUGCCAUAAAUUAAAACUCUUUUGAAUCCGGGGUUGGUCAAGCGAUAAAGACUUGUGGUCUCGAGUUUGAAUCGCCCCAAAGGAUUUCUAGAGGUUUGUCCAA